AUUAUUUGUUCUAAAACAAUAAAAAAAAUGAUGAUGUCAAUUGUUGAUGAUUAAUUUGAAAAAAAUUUAAUCGAAAAUUGGCCAAGUCAAAUGAGCCUAUCAUCAUAAUCAUCAUCAUCAUCGUUGUUAUAAUGUCUAAUAAUCAAUCAAUUGUUGUUUGUGCCAAUCAUUUGAUCGCUACUGAGGCAAAUAUUUUUAAAUAUUUGAAUGAAACGUUUGAAAAUUUCGAUAAAAUAAAAAUUUUAUUUUAUUGAUAUUUUACAGCUGAUAAAAUCAAAAAAAAAAAAUCCACACAUAUAUGAAUCAACAACCAAAUAUUAUUGAUGGUGGUCAAUAUCAAUACCCCUAUCAAAAUCAACAGCAACAGCAGCAGCAGCAGCAGAUACAUUCAACUGCUAUGGCUACUUCAUCACCUUCGGCGCCAUUACAAUCACCAAUGGCCAUAAAUAAUCCUUUAUUAACAUCAACAAUUCAACCACCUACAUCGACAACAAUAACAAUGUCUUCAACAUCAAUACCGGGUCAACAACCACAACAACAACAACAACAACACAACAGCAGCAGCAAGCAACAAAGACAAUCGAUUGGUGGUGGACGUGCCAUAAUGCCAACAAGUAAAAUUGAAAUGACCAUUUCAUGUCGUUCAUUAAUGAAUCGUGACAUUUUAUCAAAAUCCGAUCCAUUUUGCCUAGUAUUAAUGAAAGAUUCAUGGCAAGAAAAAUUUUAUGAAUUAGGCCGUACGGAAACUAUUCUUGAUUCAUUGAAUCCAGAAUGGGUGAAAAAAUUUAUAAUUGAUUAUAAUUUUGAAACUGUACAAAAAAUUCGUUUUGAAGUUUGGGAUCAAGAUCCGGAUGAUAAAGAAUUUCUUGGUUAUCAUGAAACAACAUUAGCUGAAAUUGUUUCAUUUGCAUCAAGACAAUACAUUCGUACACUUUCCGGUAUGCCGGAUAAAAAUUCUGGUACAAUAAUUAUUGUAACAGAAGAGCUAUCUAGUUGUAAACAAAUUGUUCAGAUGCAUUUUGCAGCUGACAAUCUACCUCGUUCCAUUUGUGGUAUAUUCCGACCGGAUCCAUUUCUGGUAAUUUCACGUUCAAAUGAAGAUGGUACUUUCUCAGUGGUUAUUAAAUCUGAACCAGUUCGUUCAUCAAAAUGUCCAUUAUGGUUACCGAUUACGAUGCGUGUUCGUACACUAUGUAAUGGUGAUUAUGAUCGUACAAUUAAAAUUGAUUGCUAUGAUUCACGAUCCAGUGGUAAACAUGUUCUUAUCGGUACCAGUUAUACAUCGCUUCGUGAACUAUGUACGACACAAUCAUCGAUGACGGCACCAGCCACAUCUAAUCGCAAUGUUUAUGUAUCAUUAGCGGCUAACAAACGAUUCUUGUUGCAGCCACCUAAAACUCCGAGCCAUCAUCAUUCCUCAACUAGUUCAUCACCAUUUUCAAGUGGUAGUAAUCGUGUUAAUAAUAAUAAAAACAAUUUCGAUAAUAUUGCAACCGGUACAGAGACUGGUAAACGUAAAGCAACAAUUAUACCAGUGAAUGGUGUGGAACAACCAUCCGAUAGUUGUGGUCAUCUUAUAUUGAAAGAGAUAACCGUCACUGAAGAAAUUACAUUCAUCGAUUACAUUAAAUCGGGCACUCAAAUGCAUUUUGCCGUUGCCAUUGAUUUUACCGCAUCAAAUGGACCACCUAGAGAUCCACAUUCAUUACAUUUUCUUGAUAUUUUCGGUGGAAAACCGAAUCCAUAUGAAAUAGCUCUACGAGCUGUUGGUGAAAUUAUUCAACAAUACGAUUCAGCUGGAAUGUUUCCGGCAUUCGGUUUUGGUGCUCGUAUUCCUCCUAGUGGUGAUGUAUCACAUCAAUUUGCAUUGAAUGGCAAUCCAUCACAUCCAUAUUGUUCAAGUAUAUCGGAAAUUCUUUCCCAUUAUCGUAAUUGUCUGGCAAAUGUAACGCUUUAUGGUCCAACAAAUUUUUCUUCAGUCAUACAUAAUACAACACAAAUUGCAACAAAAUUUCAAGAUGGAAAACAUUAUUUUAUACUGCUUAUAAUAACCGAUGGUAUUAUUUCGGAUAUGCAUCAAACAAAAAAUGCCAUUAUUGAUGCAUCAAAAUUACCAAUCUCAAUCAUUAUUGUUGGUGUUGGUAAUGCAGAUUUUGCCGCAAUGGAUGAAUUAGAUUCCGAUGAUAUACGGCUAUCGGUGAAUGGUCGUUAUGCUGAACGUGAUAUCGUUCAAUUUGUACCAUUAAAUAAAUUUAUUUCGAAAACUGGACCAUACAUUCGAUCACAGGCUGAUCUUGCACGUGAAGUAUUAGCCGAAAUUCCUGAUCAAAUGACCGGCUAUAUGAAAUCCAGAGGAUUCAUACCAAAUCUGGAUGUAUCUCAAAGUGAAAACAACGGCAACAACAACAACAACAACAAAAUAUAAAUCAAUCGCAACACAAUAAUGGGGGAAAAAAAUUUGUAUCGA